GGGACUCGGGAGGGGCCGGAGCGCGGCUGCUGGCGCCGCUGCGGGAGCAGAGGGAGGAGGCGGCGCGUCCCCUGAGGCGUGCGCCGGGACGGACGGACCAACGGACGGACGGACGCGCAGAGGGAGCGGGUCGGCGGCGAGAAAUCCGCUGGCAUUGUGGGACCGCUUCAGGGCUGCCCAGCGAACGCAGACUUGCUUCGUGUGUUGCGGACAGGUCUGGGGCAGGUGACAGCCCCGUGUCCCACCAUCAUGGACCCAGACGGACUUUUUGAUGAAGAGACCCCCAGCAGUCGACGCCAGCCUGGGCGAUUUGGCUGUCAAAGGUUUUGACAAAACCUGCCCUGUUCCGUUUGGGGGACUCCGAAUGAGGGAGAUUACAGACACCUUCACUGAGAAGCCAAGGACAUUUCUGUAUAAUCAGUGGAUGAAAGGAUUUUCUCAGACGCUUUUUUCCUUUUCCUGGAGAAUUAAUCCACCGCAAUCUACAAUUCCAGUGGAGACCGCCAGACUGAGGAUGUGGCAGGAGCCUAGAGAGCCUUCCGAAUUGUUCUGGACCCUUCCUUUAUCAUAGGGGAGUGUAAGACUUGCCCCCGCCGCCCCUCCCCCACCCCCUCCUGCUGAGCUGGGCUCUUUAACUGGUGCUCCGUUACUGAAUUAACUUCUGUUUCCAAAACUGCUCUCUGGAGCUAUCAGUGAAUUGCCAGAAAUGAGCGAUUAAGUGCUGGGAGAAGAGGAAGCGGCCUGUGUUGUGUCUCCUCUCGGCUGCCGACAUGAAGUGCUUUUUCCCGGUGCUGAGCUGUCUGGCUGUGCUGGGUGUAGUGUCAGCACAGCGGCAAGUCGCCGUCCAGGAAGGGCCCUUGUACCGCACGGAGGGCUCCCACAUCACCAUCUGGUGCAACGUGAGUGGCUACCAGGGGCCUCCCGAGCAGAAUUUCCAGUGGUCCAUUUACCUGCCCUCUGCCCCCGAGCGCGAGGUCCAGAUUGUCAGCACCAUGGACCCUUCUUUCCCUUACGCCAUCUACACCCAGCGUGUCCGCAGCAAGAAGAUCUACGUGGACAGAGUCCAGGGGAACUCGGCCUUACUGCACAUCACCGAUCUCCAGGCCCGGGAUGCUGGGGAGUAUGAGUGCCACACGCCCAACACCGAUGAGCGGUACUUUGGGAGUUACAGUGCCAAGAUGAACCUCGUGGUGAUCCCGGACUCCCUGCAGACCACCGCCGUGCCGCAGACCAUGCACAAAGUGGAGCAGGACCCCCUGGAGCUCACUUGCGAGGUGGCCACGGAGACGCUGCAGCACAGCCACCUGUCUGUGGCCUGGCUCCGGCAGAGGGGCGGCGAGAAGCCGGUGGAGGUCAUUUCCCUGAGCCGGGAUUUCGUGCUGCAGUCCAGCAGUGACUACGCGCAGAGGCAGAGCCUGGGGGAGGUGCGUCUGGACAAGCUGGGGGCCAGCACCUUCCGCCUCACCAUCUUCCACCUGCAGCCCUUCGACCAGGGCGAGUUCUACUGCGAGGCGGCCGAGUGGAUCCAGGACCCCGACGGCUCGUGGUACCCCAUGACCCGAAAGCGUUCCGAGGGGACCGUGGUCAACAUCCAGCCCACUGACAAAGAGUUCACCGUUCGGCUGGAAACGGAGAAGCGGCUGUACACGGUGGGUGAGCCGGUGGAGUUCAGAUGCAUCCUGGAGGCGCAGAACAUUCCCGACCGCUACUUUGCCGUCUCCUGGGCUUUCAACAGCUCGCUCAUUGCCAGCAUGGGCCCUAACGCCGUGCCGGUCCUCAACAGUGAGUUCACCCAUCGGGAAGCCCGGGGCCAGCUCAAAGUGGCCAAGGAGAGCGACAGCGUCUUUGUGCUGAAGAUCUACCACCUCCGCCAGGAGGACAGUGGCAAGUACAACUGUCGUGUGACGGAGAGAGAGAAGACGGUCAGCGGGGAGUUCAUCGACAAGGAGAGCAAGCGUCCCAAGAACAUCCCCAUCAUCGUCCUCCCCAUCACAGAUAACUGGGUAGUUAAAGUCCCCCAGCACCACCAGAUCCUGCCCCAAGGCCACUUGGAGAGCAGCAUCUCCGUGGAGGUGGCCAGCAAUGCCAGUGUGGUCCUGGAGGGGGAGAAUCUGCACCUCUCCUGCACCGUCCGCACGGCGGGCCGGCCACUGGGCCGCUUCUCCGUCGUCUGGCAGCUCGUGGACAGGCAGAACCGCCGCAGCAAUAUCAUGUGGCUGGACCGGGACGGCACCGUGCAGCCCGGCGCGUCGUACUGGGAGCGCAGCAGCUUUGGGGGCGUGCAGAUGGAGCAGGUGCAGCCCAACUCAUUCAGCUUGGGCAUCUUCAACAGCAGGAAGGAGGAUGAGGGCCAGUACGAAUGCCACGUGACCGAAUGGGUGCGGGCAGUGGACGGCGAGUGGCAGGUCGUUGGAGAGCGCCGGGCCAGCACCCUUGUCUCCAUCACAGCUCUCGAAACGGGCUUUGCAGUGACCGCCAUCUCCCGCACACCGGGGGUGACCUACAGUGACUCCUUUGACCUGCAGUGCAUCAUCAAACCCCACUACCCGUCCCGGGUCCCUGUGUCUGUGACGUGGCGGUUCCAGCCGGUGGGCACGAUCGAGUUCCAUGACCUUGUGACCUUCACCCGGGAUGGAGGGGUCCAGUGGGGGGACAGGUCCUCCAGCUUCCGGACCCGAACAGCCAUCGAGAAGGCUGAGUCCAGCAACAACGUCCGCCUGAGCAUCAGCCGAGCCAGUGACACAGAGGCGGGCAAGUACCAGUGUGUGGCGGAGCUGUGGCGGAGGAACUACAACAACACCUGGACACGGCUGGCCGAGAGGACCUCCAACCUGCUGGAGAUCAGGGUGCUGCAGCCGGUGACAAAGUUGCAGGUGAGCAAAUCCAAGAGAACCCUCACCCUGGUGGAGAACAGGCCCAUCCAGCUGAACUGCUCAGUCAAGUCCCAGACCAGCCAGAACUCCCACUUCGCUGUGCUCUGGUACGUCCACAAGCCCUCGGACGCCGACGGCAAGCUCAUCCUCAAAACCACCCACAACUCCGCCUUUGAGUACGGCACCUACGCGGAGGAGGAGGGCCUGAGGGCCAGGCUGCAGUUUGAGAGGCAUGUGUCCGGGGGCCUGUUCAGCCUCACUGUCCAGAGAGCUGAGGUCAGCGACAGCGGCAGCUACUACUGCCACGUGGAGGAGUGGCUGCUGAGCCCCAACUAUGCCUGGUACAAGCUGGCAGAGGAGGUUUCAGGGCGCACAGAAGUCACCGUGAAGCAGCCAGACAGCCGCCUGAAGCUCAGCCAGGCGCAGGGGAACCUGUCGGUUCUGGAGACGCGGCAGGUGCAGCUGGAGUGCGUGGUCCUGAACCGCACGAGCGCCGCUUCCCAGCUGGUGGUGGAGUGGUUCGUGUGGAAGCCCAACCACCCGGAGCGGGAGACCGUGGCCCGCCUCAGUCGCGAUGCCACCUUCCACUACGGAGAGCAGGCGGCGAAAAACAACCUGAAGGGCCGGCUGCACGUGGAGAGCCCGUCCCCGGGCGUGUACCGGCUCUUCAUCCAGAACGUGGCGGUGCAGGACAGCGGGACCUACAGCUGCCGCGUGGAGGAGUGGCUGCCCAGCCCCGGCGGCAUCUGGUACAAACGCGCGGAGGACACUGCCGGCCAGACCGCUGUUCGGGUCUCGCGACCAGAUGCUGCUCUGCAGGUGGACACAGUGGUCCCCAAUGCCACAGUGUCUGAGAAGGCAGCUUUCCAGCUGGAUUGUAGCAUCGUGUCUCGCUCCAGCCAGGACUCCCGCUUCGCUGUAGCCUGGUACUCCCUGAGGACUAAAGCUACAGGGAAAAGGGGUGGCCUUGGCCUGGAAGAUGGAGAGGAGGAAGAGGAGGAGGGGGAGGAUGAGGAGGAAGAGGAGGAGGAAGAAGACCCAACAGAGCGGACAGCCCUGCUGAGCGUGGGCCCCGACGCUGUCUUUGGCCCAGAGGGCAGCCCCUGGGAGGGCAGGCUUCGCUUCCAGAGGCUCUCCCCGCUGCUCUACCGGCUCACAGUGCUGCAGGCAAGCCCUCAGGACACGGGGAACUACUCCUGCCGUGUGGAGGAGUGGCUGCCCAGCCCUCAGAAGGAAUGGUACCGGCUGACAGAGGAGGAGUCAGCCCCCAUCGGCAUCCGUGUUCUGGACACAAGUUCUACUCUGCAGUCCAUCAUCUGCUCCAAUGAUGCACUCUUCUACUUCGUCUUCUUCUACCCUUUCCCCAUCUUUGGCAUCCUUAUCAUCACCAUCCUGCUGGUGCGCUUCAAGAGCCGGAACUCCAGCAAGAACUCUGAUGGGAAGAAUGGGGUGCCUCUGUUGUGGAUCAAGGAACCACACCUCAACUACUCCCCUACUUGCCUGGAGCCCCCUGUGCUCAGUAUCCACCCAGGAGCCAUAGACUAAGGGCGUCCCCAGUGGUCAUCAGCCACGGAGGAGCUGAGGCUCUCCCUGCUGCCUCUUGCUCUGCGAUCGGACAGCAUCUGACCUCUGGGACACUCUGGCAGAACAUGGUCAGACUUAAGUGUUCCAAGUCUCCGAUCGGUCAGAGACAGACUGCCUCUAGGUGGCAGUCUUGGUUGGUUAGCUAUUUUUGAGCAGAUGCCACCAUCCUGCAGAAUUAGGUUUCUUGUUUUUGUUUUUGGUAAUGUGGUGAGUAGCUGCCAGUGCCACAUCUACUCGCUGAUUUAUAUAGUAUUCUCAGAUAGAUGUUACAGGGGUUCUGAUUCUUUGUAAGUCUUUGGGACUCUUUUUUCAAUCCCUUUGGUUUACCCUUUUGGAUUCCAUUAUGUUGUGGACAAGUUUCUCUUAAAUAUAACUGAUAGCAGAUGGAAGGACGAACUUUAUAGCGCAAAGGAAUCUCUUCCAAGACUUUUGUUUUUGCACACUUGAAAAUGCCACCCAUGGGUCAAAAUAUACCCAAACGUUUUUUACUUUCUUAACGAGACUUGAAAAUUAUGUGUAGCGUGGGUCCAAUUUGUAUCUUAUCUUUUCCCUCAGCUGGAGUUGUUGGAACCACUUUGUAGUCAAGAUGAAAGCGUUGAAUUUUGCUUCAAAGAACUGUGUAUGUACAAGAUAAAUCCUACAUAACCCCAUUAGGAGUAGAGAGUUCUCAGUCUAGCCUGUUGGGGAGGCAAUAGGCUUCAUCCCAACCUUGCCAAAAAAUAAGCAGACUUUGUUGGAGAACAGAUCAGAAGCUCCAAACAGCACACACUUUGCAAGCUGAAGUGGGCAGAGGGCUGCCUUUAGCAGCUAUUGACUUUCAGAUUGAUCAAAGCCAAUGGUUAGUGAAGGAAGGAAAAAGGCUGGUCAUUGGCUUGGUCCGUUCUGCAAGGGCAGUCUCUAACUGGUAACUGAGAGCAGGUGGGCUUCUAUUUUAAGGUGCUUUGCCAAAUUCUUAAGGGAAAGUGGCCAGUGAGCCUGGAAAGGGGACAGCACUGAACCGAACACACAGGGCCCAGGCAGCCACCGCAUACACUGUCAGGGGGCACUGGGGCUGGCUGACAACUAAGGUCCUUGAAGAUGGGGACAGUCGGCAGUGAAAGGGGGGCUUCCAGAGCUUGGAGUUGGAGAGCAGGGAGGAAUGACUGCCUUCCUGGAACUAUGAAGACUAGAUUUUUCUGCUUCUUUACAAUUUGAUUUUUCCCAAAGGUAUUGAUGUCUUUCUUCUUCACCGUUUGACCUGCGUCUCACUGCCAUAAGGAUGCCUGCCCAGGAGAGGCCCAGAAGCAACCCUUUGUAAUCCUUUCGGAUUACCUUGUCUCAGCAGAAAGUGAUCACAUGUCUCUGUCUAUGGAUUUUUUGCCCUUCCCUUUCUUAGAUCUUGUUUGUGGUUUCAGGUGAUUUGGUUGUUCGUUGUCAUGGCGGCUUUUUAUUUGAAAGCCUCUUAGGGCCCAGCAAGGGCUAAUGUCGCCUGUUAUUUUACACUCAUGGGCAAGAUGCUUGGCUCCCCCGGAGCAUCACCAGUUGCAAGUGUUUCCUUUUGCUCACCCCAUGAAGAUGUUUUUAUGCCCUCGCUUUGCCGUAGUUUGCUGGCUAAGAGUGCCAUCUCCCUUCCUUGUGAACGUGCAUCUUGAAUCCCAAGGGAGUUCCCACUUACGAAAAAAGCCACCAGGGACUCUAGAAUGAAGUCGAACCAGAGAGAUUGUGGUGAAACCCUGUUCUGAGACUGAACAGACUCCAGGAGAGGCUGUGGGAUUCCAGGCCACAUGGGUGCUGAGCCCUGCUGGGAUCUGCGGGCGUGCAGGUGCUUUGCUGUGUCACAGCCGAGGGGCAGCAAGGCGAUCCUGGCCGUUUUCGGAAGGCCUUCCGUAGCCUGCCUUCCCUCCCUCCCAGAUGAGAUGUGUAGACACAGCCACCUUAACCCCACUGAUGCCUCACAUGCUCAUGCCCAUUUCUUAUGCUGCAUCAGUGCUUUAGAGGUACGGAACAGAAGCGGUGGUGAGGGAAGAAGGCCGCCAUGAGCCCCAUUUCUUCAUUUCAGGGCUGUGGGCUUCAGUGAGAAGUUGCUGGCCCCUAAUGUAUAGACUGAGUCAAGGCAGGAAGAGGACGUACUUUCCUUCCAUCUGAAUGGAAAGAUGCCGGAGGGCUGGCUGGAACUGGGAUGUGUAACGAAGAUUUGAGUUUGAAUUGGUUCACACGUGUAGAAAAGCUGGUGCUGCGCAUAAGUGAGCGAAGAGGUCGCAGAGGAUUCGAAAGGGAAAAAAAAAAAAAAGAAACCGAAAACAGUAUUUUAAUAAUUGCUUUUUUUUUGCUGUGCAUUUUCUAUUAGGCCAGGGGAUACCGUCAAAGGGUAAGCUUUUCAGCUUUCUGUGAAAAUCCCCGGGACCUUCUUUCUUUGGCCAUUCCUAUGGAAAUGUGGCGUCCGAUGAGUGGUAAUGGUGUCCUCCAGUGGCUGGGAGACCUCAUUGCACGCUGCCUGCUGGCGCUUUCAUCCUCUGAGACCCGGAGAGGAAAGCUGCUGACUGCUCUCUUGACUUACCUACAUCUCCGUCAUUGCAUUAAUGGAAAACUACACUGUGCUAGGCCCAUUCCCAGACAUGGAUACGACCACACCCUCUUUCCCCAGGGUGUUUCUGUAGCAAGUUUUCAUAUUCUUUUCCAAACAACGGUUUCUCUGCUUUAACUGUUGAAGAAACAAAACAAAACAAAACAGAGGUGGGGUAAGCAGACUUCCCGUGCAUGAUGUAGAGAGCUGUUGAUUUGUUUUUGUUUGUUUGUUUUUUUAAAACGAAAACUAUUUGUAAGAUGUUGCACUAAAAUGUUUUAUAUACACUUCAGAGACCUGUAGUAAAUUAUGUUGAAAAUAUGGCUGUUUACAUCGA